AUGAUUAGUAAGACUUUAGAUGAUACUAGUCAAAGGGACAAUCUAUUCCAUACUAAAUUCCUUGUCAAGGGAGGUUUGUGUAUCGUGUUGAUUGAUAGUGUGAGUUGUGCCAAUGUUUCUAGUGCCAUUAUGGUGGAUUUCUUAAAACUACCUACUACUCCACAUGCUAGUUCUUACAAGUUACAAUGGUUGAACGAGUGUAGAGAAUUAAAAGUCACAAGGCAAUGUGUGAUUCGGUUCAAGGUGAGAAACUACCAUGAUGAAGUGCUUUGCUAUGUGAUUUCAAUGCAAGCAUGUCACUUGUUGUUGGGUAGACCUUGGCAAUAUGAUAAGUCUACUAAGCAUGGUAGGAGAACUAACCAGUACUCUUUUGAAUUGAAUGGACGCAAGUUCACUCUUCACCCUCUCUCACCAUCUCAAGUGAAUGAAUUACAUCAACAAAUGAGAGAGUUGAAGGAGAAAGGCAAGAAGGCCAAAAAGGAGGGGAAACCUAAGAGUGGGAAAAGGGAGGAAACCAAAAGGGUUUCAACUUCAAAGGGCAAGAAUAUUAUGGUGAUAUUCGCUAGGAAGAGGGAAUUCUUCUUGGAACAUGAUGACAACACUCGUAUGCUUCUAUUAGCUAAUAUUUUUAACACUAACCUCUCUAAUAUUUCUAUUCCACAUUCUAUUUCUCUUGUGUUGCAGGAAUUCGAGGAUGUUUUUCCCAAGGAACUUCCAUAA